GGCGCCGGCUCCGGGCUGUCAGCGCGGGGCCGCGAGGGCGCGAGGAGGCGCGCGAGUCGGAAGGAGCCGCGGGCCCUGGGCAGCCGCCGCCGCCGCCGCCGCGGGGGGACUAGGUGAAUGCGCCUUCCACCCCGCGCCGGGGUGCCUCGCUCGGGUCUGAGGAGGCGGGGUCCCUUCUUCUCACACCGGCCGCCGCCGCCGCUGCCGCGCCCCGGGGCAGAUCCGAUCCCUCUGUGCAACUUCUAAACAUCUUUUGUUACUGGAAACAUUAUUUCCUGCAAAAUGAAGUCAACAUCUUAAUUUAAACCAGCGUUUCUGUGGUUCUGAUUCAUCUGCUGUGGUUCAUGAAGCUUGAGAUCUAAGGAGUACAGGGUCUUUUGCGAUGACAAUAUGACUAAUAGUAAAGGAAGAUCUAUUACUAACAAAACAAGUGGUGGUCCCAGUAGCGGAGGAGCCUUUGUAGACUGGACUUUAAGCUUAAAUACAAUUCAGUCAGAUAAGUUUUUAAACUUACUGUUGAGUAUGGUUCCAGUAAUUUACCAGAAGAACCAGGAAGACAGGCACAAGAAAGCAAACGGCAUUUGGCAAGAUGGAUUAUCAACUGCAGCACAGACUAAAAACAUGAGAUCUGAGCAACACGUGGAGUAUCACAGUUUCUCAGAGCAGUCUUAUCACGGCAAUAAUGGGCACACGCCGUCAAGCUGUGGCCAGAAGUAUGAGGACUAUGCCUCCUACAGUUACUGUGAUGGAAGGGAGGCUUCAGAGACUACUGCCAUGUUACAGGAUGAAGAUACAUCCAGUGAGGGUGACGAAGAUGCCAUCGUGGAAGCAAACCAGAAAUUGCCGAAGGAAUCCAGUGGUGUCAUGGCGCUGCAAAUCCUUGUGCCAUUUUUGCUGGCUGGUUUUGGAACAGUCUCAGCUGGCAUGGUUUUGGAUAUCGUCCAGCACUGGGAGGUGUUCAAAAAAGUAACAGAAGUUUUCAUUUUAGUUCCUGCGCUUCUUGGUCUCAAAGGGAACUUGGAAAUGACAUUAGCGUCCAGAUUAUCCACUGCUGUAAAUAUUGGGAAGAUGGAUUCACCCAUUGAAAAGUGGAACCUAAUAAUUGGCAACUUGGCUUUAAAGCAGGUUCAAGCAACAGUAGUUGGUUUUCUAGCAGCUGUGGCAGCGAUUAUAUUGGGCUGGAUUCCAGAGGGCAAAUACUAUCUUGAUCAUUCCAUUCUUCUGUGCUCUAGCAGUGUAGCAACUGCCUUCAUUGCAUCUCUUCUGCAGGGAAUAAUAAUGGUUGGGGUUAUCGUUGGUUCAAAGAAGACUGGCAUAAAUCCUGAUAACGUUGCUACACCCAUUGCAGCUAGUUUUGGUGACCUCAUAACUCUUGCCAUAUUAGCUUGGAUAAGUCAGGGUUUGUACUCCUGUCUUGAGACCUAUUACUACAUUUCUCCAUUAGUUGGUGUCUUUUUCUUGGCUCUGACUCCUAUCUGGAUUAUAGUAGCUGCCAAACAUCCAGCCACGAGGACAGUUCUCCACUCAGGCUGGGAGCCUGUCAUAACAGCCAUGGUUGUAAGUAGCAUUGGGGGCCUUAUUCUGGACACAACUGUAUCUGAUCCAAACUUGGUUGGGAUUGUUGUUUACACACCAGUUAUUAAUGGGAUCGGUGGUAAUUUGGUGGCCAUUCAGGCUAGCAGGAUUUCUACCUACCUCCAUUUACAUAGCAUUCCAGGAGAAUUGCCUGAUGAACCCAAAGCUUGUUACUACCCAUUUAGAACCUUUUUUGGCCCAGGAGUAAAUAAUAAGUCUGCUCAAGUUCUGCUGCUUUUAGUGAUUCCUGGACAUUUAAUUUUCCUCUACACUAUUCAUUUGAUGAAAAGCGGUCACACUUCUUUAACUGUAAUCUUCAUAGUAGUAUACUUAUUUGCUGCUGUAUUACAGGUGUUCACCUUGCUGUGGAUUGCUGACUGGAUGGUCCAUCACUUCUGGAGGAAAGGGAAGGACCCGGAUAGCUUCUCCAUCCCCUAUCUCACAGCUCUGGGCGAUCUGCUGGGGACAGCCCUGCUGGCCUUAAGUUUUCAUUUUCUUUGGCUUAUUGGAGAUCGAGAUGGAGAUGUUGGAGACUAAUCAAUCCUACAAACUUCUCUCAAGUUGCCCAGGAGGAAAACACAAGACAACCACUUACGGCUCUUUUUCAAAAAUCUUAAUCAGUAGUGUGACUUCUGCCAGGGUAAUCUUCAGUUGGCCCUGAUUCAAUUAAAUGGCCUUAACAUUUUUUUAAGGAAUUUGUGUUGAAACCAGAAUGAACAGUAUUUGUGCUGCUUUUCAUAGAAUAAAUAAUAAUUUGACAUAGAUAUAGAUAUAAGCUCAAGCUCUGAAAUUAACUACAUAGGAAAGAAUAUAGGAUGUUUACAAUGAAUAAUUUUAAAACCACAGGUGUAGCAUAAAUGUACUUUACUAUUGUUUAACUUAUAAUGCUAGGUUUAGAGGAAACAGUGUUGUAGUUUAGCCUUUCUUGUCUCACAGAUGUGUUGUACUGCAAAGCAUACUACAAAAUGAAAGGGGCCCAACCAAGCUUUUAAUAGCUUUGACUAUGCCCACCUCUCUGCUAGCUGAGGAUAAAUUUACCAAUUACUUCCUCCUAACCUGACCUAAAUACAUUCUGCUGAGCAUAAGAUAAACUCACUUUUACCUGCUUUUCCCACAUGCCCAUGCUAAUUUAAUUUCAACUCUGCAAGUUCUUGGCAGGCUACCCUUUAAACACAGAAUGACCUUGAAAGAUCUUUAAUGGAACCAGUGGGCCAUUUUUGAUCAUUGAUUUGUUGAAAGAAUGCUGAUCUUUCUCAGAGGACCUAACAGUCAAAAACAGAAGAAAUCUGAGCUGCAUUUGCAGAGAUAAGAUAGUGUGAGAAAUUGUGUGUGUAUGUGUGUGUGUGUGUGUGUGUGUGUGUGUUUGAGAGACAGAGACAGAGAGAGAAGCUUUUGAGAACUUAAUCUUGGAUUGUUGAUAGCAAAGCUCAUAGUACUAUUGGAAUAUUAGCAGUAUAUAGUUAUUCUUAAACACAUUUUAUUGAUAUGAUUUUGUCAUUUGGUCUAAAAAUUUUACUACUUACCCGAAUUUGGUAUUUGUUACCUACAUUAUAGUUAAUAGUUUCUCCUUAUUAAAAAAUAUAUACCAUUUAAUAUAACCAAGAUAUUAUAGGAUUUAGAAUGAGUGAGUGACUCAUUUGCUCUUCUGAAGAAGUCUGUUGAAACUUUUAGGCUCAUCAUUUUAAAAGAGAAGCUGGUGAAUUCAAUUAUUGUUCAUGCCUGUACUUAUCAUCUGUUUGCACAGGCUUAUUUCUACAUGGGACUCUGUCAUAUACACUACUGUGUUUCUCAAAUAUUUUUCUAAAACUCUGAUCUAUAUUCCAAACACUUGACCAACACCUUAAUUAUUCAAUAGGUAAGCAUUUUUAUAUCACAUGUAGUUCAUUUUUAAAAUGCAGUGGAAUCUCUCAAGACUGUCAGAUAUUUAAUAAUUUAACUGAUAAGGGAAGAAAAAUCCACAUCAACUUUGAUCAUCAUGGUUAAAGUUGUGAGUUAGUGUUAACCUUAUAUAAAUAGAAGAUUGUUUAUAAAUAUAUUGGGGAAGUGUUCCUAGUAAGCUCUUUAAAAUAAAGAGACUGGUUUAGAGUUAUAUAUUUUUGCUUAUUUUAAAACUUUAAUUAUUCCAUUCUCCUGCCUUAUAAUGAAGUUUCUAAGGCAGAGAACUGAACUAAUUAUAGAAUUUCUCCUUUGGAGAGUUAUAAUGUCACAUAGUGAACAUUCUUAUAAAAGAAAGAAUGAUUAAGUUGAUGAAUAUUUAGCUGCAAAGAUUUUUUAUUUUAAAAAAUUCAUAAAUAACUUCUUUGAUUUUACUGUAAAGUGUUUGUAAAUUACUUGUUUACGUUUGGGCUGUAUGAUUCAUUUAUAUUUUUCAGUGAUUUCUAUUUUGAUUUUUUUAACAUAAAAAAGCGCACAGCAAAUCACAUUUUUUAAGGCAUUUACCAACAAGUUUAGUCUAGUGCAUUACAUGUUCUAAAGCACAUUCAAACACACACUAUUAUUUAGCAGUCAUAGCAGUACCUGUGAAAAGUCAGGUCGAUAUGCCCAUCUCUCUGUUACAGCAGAAGAAACUGAAACUCAGAGAAGUUACAUUUUUAAAGUUGCACAGCUGCAAAGUGACCAAAUUGUGACUAAAGUCCAGGUCCCCGAACAUUUAAGGCAGUACUCUUUCUAUGACCCUCCAAAUGUACCGAGAGUACCUGACUAAUUGAGAGGAAAUCGACCAGAGAAACAGGAUUUCCUAAGUCCAAUAGCGUAUUGCUAUGUCUUUUAGAUUUCAGACAGGGAAAGCUCCAUCUAAUGCAUCUUGAUGAUAAGUGUAGCCAACUCUCAAUUAUUGGUGUUCCUAACACUGAGGACAACACAGAUAAAUGAAAACUUUAGAAUAAAUAACAGCAAUGCCUUAUUUCAUAGAACGUUUAAUUGCCACCGCCUUUCCCAGAUCUAGCCAUUUCCACAGAUGCUGAUAAAUAACCCGGAUGGCUGACGAGUUCUGUCUCCUUUCUCUUUUGCUACCCAAUCUUGGUUACAGCAACAAAAAGUCUAAAAGGCAUGUAAUAGGAAAAAAAAUAAAGACAUGGAAAAGUCAGUUACUGAUAAGCUGAAUUAAUUUAUAAAAGGGAUUUAGAUUCCUUUAAAAAAAUUUUUGCUCGUUUUUUGAAAGCCUUACAUACGUAUGCAAUCGAUAAGAUGACUUCUCUUAUUUAGCCACAAAAAUCAUUUAUUAUCAGUCUUAUAUAAUGUAAAUUCAAAGUAUUUAUUUUUUUACAACAUAAACUCCUGCUCUCCAAACUGCUUCCUUUCAUUAAUUUAUCAGAUACUUUGUUUAUACACAGAUAAUCUUUUUAAAAACAUAUUUUUCAUUCUUGCCUACCAACCAUUUUUUUGUUUAAAAAAUAAAGUUUCUUCAAACUUGAUAAAAUGGAACCUUAUGGUAAUGUAUCUUCUGGGAGACAUCAGAAAUUCCACACUAUAGACUAUCAAUGAUGUAGCCAAAUGAAGUACAUUUUAAAAAAUCUUUCAGUCAUUGGGCUUCCUUGCCUUAUAAUGUAUGUAUGGCCUGGUAUACCCAUUUAUAAUGGGCAUCUGCCAUCUUUGAAUUGUUGUAAACUCAAGAAUAAAAUUUAAGAAAUAUCUACCCA